UAUCGCUCGUGAAAGAAAAACUGAAGAGGCGUUUUUUCCUGCGACUUUUGUGCCGAUGGCACCGUGAAUUUUAAAGAAUCUCUAUCAAUUUCAUCUUCCGGAGCCCUGAAGUACUUCAUAUUUGAUCAGGGACACGGACAGCAGCACCCGGACAAAAUGAGCCAGCACCAGCUGAACCGUGCGUUGGUGGAGCGGGCUCUCGGUUACCAUGGAAAACCGCUGCAAAACAUUUGGGAAGCUGAGCGCGAGGAUGAAGAGCUGCUGCGACUCGGUAUUGGGCCCAAUCCGGAUUUCAGUGUCUACACGGCACGCCAAAAACAUCUCACCUUUCAGGAGCGCACCAAGCGGCUUAUGCUGCAUCAAUUCAUGGUCAAGAAAGCUAGCAUCCUAUACGAUCGUUCGCUUACGGUCGGCAAGGCUGGCGAGGUUCGCCGAGACGAUAUAGAAUGUAAAGAGUUUUGCCUACCCCCGAUGGAGGUGUUCAUGGGCGUGGAAACAAUCGAAAAAACGGAUCAUCUGUUGGAGACCGUUCAACCAGGCGAUGUCGUUUAUGGCAGUCUGCAAUUCCUAAACUUUGGAGGAAUGGUUCUGCAACCGAUGGUGAUCGUGGGCAACGUUCGUUAUUACGUGCGAAAUAAGGCCCUUAAGGCAACGAUUGCAAAGAAUCAAAUGGUGCCACCAAAGCCAAUGAAGGGCCACCUGGGUAACUACACAGCGAAUGACAUCAUCUGCUGUGAGGUGAUAGAUGUAGGACCGAGCGCUCUGCGUCUCAUCUGCACCAUGAUUCGUAGCGCCAGGAGCCGCGUACCGGAAUCAGUAGUCUAUGGGUUGGUAGCAGCCGAUGAGCUACCUCCGGUUUUCAAGCAGGCAGAAAACCGGACCAACGAGACCUACGGGCAGCUGCUGGAGAAGUCGCCAUCGUUUCGUGAUCCACGAUACGUAAGGCAGUUGGCGCAAGACGUUGGUCUGGACCUUGACGAGUUUUACACCAAUAUGUCGGGAUUGAAGGGACGAUAUUCCUCGCAGGAGUAUGCCUCCGAAUUACGGAACGCACAGGCAAGCAAAUGGGCUUUCCGCUCCGUCGCGGAAGGUAUCGAGCACUUCAAGGAGGGACGGCACUCGGAAGCAUUCCAGUGUUUAAACAAGGCGCUAAGCAUUGAUCCUCGUAACGUGGAGGGUUUGGUAGCACGCGGUGCCCUUUACGCAAAUAGUGGUUCGUUCAAAAAGGCUGUCGAAGACUUUGAGACGGCACUGAAACUCAACCCAUCGCAUGCUAAUGCACGCAAGUACAUGGGCGAAACGUUGGUGGCACUGGGGCGCAGCUACGAGGAUGAGAAUCGCAUAGAGGAAGCCAAGAAGGCUUACCAAGAUUGUCUCAACAUCAUACCGCACCACGAGGAGGCGCAGACAUCGUUGGACUUUUUGAAAACUAAACCAAUCUACGGAAAGCAGAUUGUCGAACCAACAGAAUUGGAAUUACCAGCGUUAAACAUCGUGAAGCCUUCAUCAAGCGACCGUAACAAGCAGGAACCGGACACCUCGGGUGUGGGUGGUAGUGGGCUUGGCUUGGUCGGCGUUAGUGGUUCCAGUAGCAGUAAGCGCGACAACUCGGAAAGUACGCGCAAGGAGCGUAAGAAGGAGAGUAAAAAGGAUCGUAAAAAGCGCCACAAGAAGCAUCAGAGUAGCUCGAGCGAUUCAAGCUCGGACAGCUCGGAUAGUAGUGACUCGAGCAGCGAUUCGAGUAGUAGUAGCAGCGAUUCAUCUAGCACCUCUGAUUCGUCCGGUUCGAGGAACAAGCGUCGCAAGCGUUCAAAGAACGAGAAAAAACUGAAAUCGUUAUCACCGCUGAGCAAGCGCAUGUCAGCGGCGAUUGCUGGUGGUGGACGGGGCGCCACCGCGGUUGCGAGCGAUCUCGUUGGCUACCCGAUCGGUGGACCUGCUGUGGCCGCAGCCGCUGGCAGUGUAUUCAGCCAAUCUUCCUCACACGGACAGUCUGGCUUUGAUGAUUACGAGCAAAAGGUUCGAAAAUUUUUGGAAAUGCCCCGAGAUGAAGAGAACUACGAAGAGAAGGUACGUAGAUUCGUCGCUGAGGCAACCAAGUACCAGAAGGAACGUAAACAGCUAGAGGAUAAGUCGCGUAAGAAGAAGAAAAAGGACGAGAAAAAGGCUAAGAAGGAUAGUAAGAAGAAGCGCAAGUCGGAUGAGAAGAAAAAAUCCAAGAAGAAGGACAAGAGCGGUGCGGGCGAUGACGAGGAUAAGCUCGACAAGGAUAAACUGCGUGAAGCAUUAAAAAUUUUCGAAAACUUUCCCGUGCUGGAUGAGCUUGGCUCGAAGCUGGGCGAGUACUAUGCCAAGUUGGAGAAGCAACAGACGAACACGGCGGCCCCCGGUGGUGGUUCGGCUGCAAAGAUACUCUCGGCACUGCUUGGUACAGCCAAUGAAACCGCCGGUAGCAGUGCAAGCACCAGUGCCGGUGCGCUGGCCCGAGGUAAAGAGGAAGAUUCAUUCCGCAACUCCAAAUUCAAGGUCUGCCUGUCGUCCGGUUUGGUAACGGAAUCGUCCUCUCCAGGAAAGGGUUCUGUGUUGACGGGUGGAAAGUCGUCUGAUAUGCCGCCGGAUCACCUGGAGCACCAGCAACCGCCGCGCGGCAGUGGUGCCCCAGUGCCGGCCGGUGCAGCCGAUGACCACGCCAAGGAUGGUAAGUGGCGUAUGAUGUUCAACAAGGACAAACGUCCGGCCCCUGGAGCGGGAGGGGGACCGGCGAAAGAUGUUGCUGCCGCAGCUGGUACCUCGAUGAGUGGCGGAAUGGGAGCGAAACAGCAGCAUGCAUUUGGCAACGAGUCGGACGAAGAAGCUCCUCCAACAACAGGAUCAUCCUGGGGUGGUGGUAAGGGUAGUGGUCACUAUUCCGAACAGCGCAGUGGUCGGUUCGGUGCUAACAGCAGCCGGUACGAUGAUCGCGGUCGUGGCCCAAGUACGGAGAGAGCUCCCCCGACGGUCAAAUCAGGUCCGGUCGUACUGGAUAAGUUCGGUAACUUCCGACUAGCAGAUGCACCGGUAGCUCCGGGUGGCGGCGGUGCCAACAGCAACAAUAAACCACCGGAGCCAUCGGCCGCACCGCCAUCAUCGGCAUCGGCCUCGCGACGAUCGCGAAGCAAAUCGCGCCAUCGCACGACGUACGGUAGUUCCCGGUCGCGAUCACGAUCGCGCAGCGACCGUCGCCGAUCGCGAUCGGGUAGCUUCCGGCGUCGCUUUAGUCGAUCGCGGUCGCGUUCGUUCAGUCGGUCUCGUUCGGGCAGUUAUUCCCGAAGCCGCUCGCGAUCGCGCAGCUUCGAACGACGUCGCUACGAUCGUCGUUUCUAUCGCGGUGGUCGUGGUGGUGGUGGCUACGGUGGCGAUAGAAUGGGCGGUCCAUUCGGGGGCAAUCGAUUCAAUAACCCGCGGGGUCAUUUCCGCCGUGGUGGGUUCCGCGAUUUCAGAGACAAUCGCUUCAUCGGUCGCGGUGGCGGUGGAGGUGGUGGUGGUCGCGAUCGUCCACCAUUCCGACCCCGCUAUCGGGGACGUUACCAGCGCUCGUACAGUCGCAGCACGAGCAAAUCUCCAGACCGACGUCCGAUCAGCCCGGGAGACGAUCGACCACGGUACCGGGACAACCGGCGUGGCGAUAGCCGUGAUCGGUCCCAGCCACGCCGUGGAGCAAGCCGCGACAGUCGCGACGGAAGUCGCGAUCGCCAUCGCCGCGGAUCGGAUGAUCGUGAUUCACCGAAGCGUUCGAAGGAACGCUCGCCUGGUGUGGGGGGUGAAGGUGGUGAUCGAUCGAGGGAUCGUUCACUGUCACCCACGGCACGCGGUACCGGCAAAUCCAAGCGUCAUCACUCGCGCUCCGUCUCGCGAAGCCCCCAAUCGACGGGAUCGUCCAGCAACAAGAACGUUCCGAAUGAUAUCGAAGGCCGAUGGGCGGAUCGCGAUGAGCAGUCGCCGAAUGGCAAGCAACAGAAGCAGCAAGACGAAGAGGAAAAGGAUAAAUCGGUUGCAGGGACGGCGACGGCUCGCAACCGUAAUGCCGAUGACAGUGGUAUCGCUGAUGACCGCAAGGACAAAAAGAGCGAAGAAGCGGGCGCCACCGAUAAUGAUGUGUUAGACGAGGAGUAUGACAAGAUCCUGUUGAAGGCGCGCAAAGAUCGCAAGGAAUAGAUGAUGGAUCGCAACGACAUCGAUCGCACAAUCCCGUUGCGGAUAGUUGCGGAUUCGUUAGAUUUUAAUCGAUUGCUUUUUCACUCCUAACCAUAUAACUCACUCUGUCUACCUUCUUUCCUGUGCAAGCGUGAACUCAGUAAGGAGCAAGCUUCUUCGCUGAUACGGAGAUCUCGCUACCGUAUUCAUCGGAACCAUCGGUAUAACAACGUCAACGGUGUAAAUACACCGUAUACAGUAGAGACGGAUUAAUGCUCCAGAACGUUUAAGGUUCUUUUUGUAGUUUGCCUAAAUACUUUAAAUAAAACCAAACCCAUACGCAAUGUAUCGCAUCAAA